UACUCGACGUGAUGACGUCACGGUGUGUACGACUGAAGCAUGCGGGGGCUCAGUCCUCAAGUCAAGUCAUGAUGGAAGUUGGGAUCCAGGCGUAGUGUGCAUGGUGUGCGCAUGCGCAUUAGCGUUGACAAUGUCGCUGCUGUUAGGUAGACUUUCCCAAUGGGUAAACCAUCGUCAAUGCUUUUUGAUCUCCAGAGCACUGCGUGUCCAACAGCUACACAGCAGUAGCGCUGGGUUGACAGACAGCAGCUAUGAUGGCCUGUAUCCUGGACACAUCCAAACCACGCCCAUCCAGAAAGCCCUGUUGGCUGUCGGGUCAGGUGUGGCUGCCCUGCAAAAUCCCUACAGACAUGACAUGGUCGCCGUGCUCGGAGAGACGACGGGGCACCUAGCGUUGAUAAAACUCAGAGACAGGAUGAGAAAUGAUCCCGAAGGCUACACUAUCCUCACAGAAAGGCCCAGGAUACGGCUUUCUACACUUGAUCUGAACAACAUGGCGUCCCUCCCCGACGGCUCUUUCGGGAGAGAAUACCUCCGUUUCCUGGAGGACAAUCGCGUGACCCCGGACUCGAGGGCUGACGUGAAGUUUGUGGACGACGAGGAGCUGGCUUAUGUCAUGCAGAGAUAUAGAGAGGUGCAUGAUUUGCUGCACACCUUGCUCGGAAUGCCUACGAACAUGCUGGGUGAGGUGGCAGUGAAAUGGUUCGAAGCCGCUCAGACCGGACUCCCCAUGUGCGCUCUUGGCGCCGUGUUGGGGCCACUUCGGCUGAACGCAAGCCGUUUACAGUCCCUGUUCACUUCCCUGGGUCCGUGGGCUCUGCAGAACGGCCGCCGGUCGCGCUGCAUCCUCAGCAUCUUCUACGAGAGACGAUGGGAGCAGAGCCUCGAAGACCUGCGACAGGAGCUCAACAUAGAGCCGCCGCCCGUCACACUCAGGGCCACCAACAAGAGCAGCACGUGAGGAAGACGACAAGGAGCAGAUGAAUGACUCGGGAAUCACGAGACAAAAGACUUUUGAUAGCGGACAAACCCGAAAUAUUUCAAGUGUUGCGCUGCGGACUUUUUUGCGUUAGAAGGAAGUUAUUGGGGAAAUUGGAAACAUUGGCUUCUCCCCGCUUACAUCCUGAAGAUGUCUUUAUACAUGUUGAGGCAAUGUUUAGUUUAAGUUAAUCAUUUUGUGUGAGUUGCCCUUUGUUUUUGAGAAUGUGAUUAAAAAAAGUGUGUAUUUUCUUUAUCAGGACAAAAAUAAAUAUAAAGAAAUGAA